CGGGGCUCCCAGCGGUCAGCUGACACACGAGGCAUGACGUCAUGUGACCUGCUGCUCAGUCACAACAAAGAUGGCGGCGGCAGCGGUGCAGAUGAACCGCGGAGUUUCUUUUCUGAUUCUUGUUUCUGUCUUAACUUCGUGUCGCAGCUCGUUCACACGCCAGUUGUCCAUACAGUUGAACCCCGGCUCGCCUCUGCCGCCCCCCGAUGGCGACCUGCUGCACGUGAGAGCCGUGGGAGACAACGACACGCUGCACUUCCUAUUCUGCAGCCAGGGGGCGCCGGCGCUGCUGCUCGUCCACACCAACUCUUCUUCUUCUGCCGUCCAGGUCGACUGGCCGCUGUUCCUGGCGUCUAACACCAGCGGCGGCCUGCAUGUGGAGCCGGAGAGCAGCGUCAUGUCCAGCGCCGCCGUCGUCUUCAGCCGGCUGCUCGAGUACGACGACGUCAACAACACGGCCGACCCGACCUCUGACCUCUUCCCCCCCUACGAGCUGCGGGACGUCGCCUGGUCUCGUCUCAACCUGUCGGGUUUAACUGCUCAACUCUGCGGCGCCGUCGGUGGCGGUUUACUUUGCCUGCAGUUGUCUGUGUUUGAGUCGGAGGGGCGUGGUCAGUCCUGGCCCCGCCUCACACACACGGCUAACUCCUCCCAGUUGGGGGUGUGGCUCGAUGGCGUGUCGCCUCGGGCGGCUCGGUCCAGGUUCCUAUUGGAGCUGCAGGCGGUGGGUGGAGCUUAUCCUCUGAGCAGGGUGGAGGUCCGUCGAUCUAUCGACGACGAGUACAUGCCGUCAAUAUUCAAGGUGUCUCAGUGGGUCUCGUCGGCGAACGGCAGCUCUGACGUUCAGAGUUUCGUCCAGUGGAAGCCGGUGGCGUAUCGACGGGCUGAUCCGGCUCUGGAGGACGCCACGCCGUGCCGCCAUUCGGACCCCCGGCCUCAGAGCGGCGAGGCUGUGUUGGCAGCGUCCGCUCUGAUCCGAGCGUUUUACUCGGAACCGGACACGUUCGGACUCAACAUGAGCUUCGGCCUCGCAGGGGAAUCGUUCUACAACAGCACUGGGUUCCUCAGCUGGACGCUGUUGGUGGGUGUCGGCUCUCCUCCAGUCGACUCCUUCUCGCCUCUGGUUGUCGCCAUCAUGGCGGUCGGUCUUGGAACUCCCAUGAUCCUCUUGUUGCUGGGCGGACUCUGGGUCUGUGUACGUAGGAGGGAGGUGGAUUCGACGGCGGCGGCCUACGAGCCAAUCAACUGAGGGCGGGGUCUUGAGCCAAUGAGACGACAGAGACAAUGUUUCUAUUAAAGACUUGCUGAUCCCGUUGAUGACAUCAUCUCUCUGAUGGCCCAGACGGCCAAUCAGAGUCCAGGAGAGUUUUGAACAAUAUUAGGUUAAUAUUUGAUUCACUAUUGAAUCAAACGUGACCGGAAACAAUUAUGUUUGAGAAUUUUUGAUUAUUCAAAUUUUAAAACCGCUUCAGAAAUAUUUGGUUAAAUUCUUAAAUUGAGUUCGUGCUUGAACGUUUCAUCUUGUUACAUUCAUUUCUACAUUUAGUUUUGAUGAUAGUUUAUUGUUGUCAAUAGCAGAUUAAUCAUCAACGUUUCAAACUCGGAUCAGUUUGCAGAGUUUGUCUGCUUAAAUGUUCACGUGGUUGAAAAUAUAAAUGUUUUUUUUAAAUCUGCGCUCAAAUCUGUACAAACGCAAAAGAAAAGUUUUAUAUCAAUAAAAUGUUCAAACGUU